UUCAAUCAGCAGUUGCUGAGUAUCAAAAUGGCUUCCAGACUCCAGGCUGAGUGCUGGACCGAGGAGCUAAACUGUGCCAUUUGUCUGGAGUUCUUCACUGAUCCUGUUAGUCUGGACUGCGGCCACAACUUCUGUCGCUCCUGUGUCGCCGGGAGCUGGGAAAAGCAGGAGAAAAACUCCUGUCCGGUAUGUCGCCAAGUUACUGUGGAGAGGAACCUCCAGGUCAAUGGGGCUCUGGCCAAAAUGGUGGAGAAGGCUCGUGAAUUCAGUCUGGACCCGACACAGACGGCAGUUAAACCUCAGUGUGAGAAACACCGGGAGGACCUGAAGCUGUUCUGUGAAGAUGACAAGAAAUUGAUCUGUUACACUUGCAGAGAUGCGAAAGAGCACAGAGGUCACAGCUUUCUGCCCAUUGACGAAGCUGCUGAAAUCUACAAGGAUCAAGUGAAGUCCUCCAUAGCUUCUCUCACACAGAGGAAGGAAACUGCUCUACAAACUGAAGCCAAACAGAGAGAAAAGAUGUCACAAGUUAAGGAACAGGUGAAGAGUGUACAGACUCACGUCACGGCUGAGUUUGCUAAAAUGCACCAGAGUCUGACUGACAGAGAGCAGCGAGUGAUGGGGGAUCUCAGACAGCGAGAGGAGGAGAUUCUAAAGCGAAUGGAGACAACUCUGCGAGAGAUUCAGGGAAAGUUAGAGUCGGUGGAGCAAGAACUCUCCGAGUUACAGACACAGAUGGGGAAAGACGCUCUCACCUUCCUGCAGGAGGAAUCUGCUGCCAACAGAAGGGUCAGUGACGAGGGGUUUGAUCUGUCAGUGUGUGAGGCUGAGCUGCCGGUGGCCAAGUACCAGUGGCCUUUGGACAACACCCUCUGGAGAGAGAUUAUAGACAGCGUCAGUCCAGGUACACGUCUCCCAUUCUCACCCUGAAGCCGUGUCAAUAGCCUUCCAUUGACAACACAUCCCCCCACACACUCCCUCA